GCUGCCCGAUGCAACAACACUCCAAGGCACUCACAUUGCUUUUGAUCUCUCCUCUCCUCUCCUCUCUUCUCCUCCCCGGCUCACUCUCUCGCCCUCAACACCAAGAAAAGAUCGAUUCCGGAGUGUCGAGUCGAUCGAUCGCAAAGAACUCGAUCACCCGGGUUCUGAAUCGCGCCAUCUCGGCCUGAUAUCGGCGUAGGAAGAGUUCACCUCGAUCGGAGGCGACAUCAGGCGGUCUUGUUCUUGGAUCGAACCGAUGAUGGCGGUGAAGGGCUACUUCCGGGCGCCGAGGCUCCCCGGGCGGAAGCAGCAGCAGCAGCAGCAGGCGGAGCUGUACGGCGGGGAGAGCCCGAGCGCCGCGCUGCUGGACGCCGGCGACGGGAUGGCGGCGGUACCCAGGGGGUACUUCGCGGUGUAUGUGGGCGCCGAGGCGCGGUGGUUCGUGGUGCCGACGAGCUACCUCCGCCAGCCGGCGUUCCGGGACCUCAUGGAGCGCGCCGCCGAGGAGUUCGGAUUCGCGCAGGCCGGCGGCAUCCGCAUCCCGUGCCGCGAGGACGACUUCGAGGCCACCGUCGCCGCGUUCGACGACGCUGUUGCGGCGCGCCGGCGCCGGCGCCGGCGGCCCGGCAGGGUCGGCACGGCGGCGGCCAAAUUGCCCAAGGCCUGGUCGUUGUAGCAAGCUAGAAACCUGGCAGCCAUGCAUGCAUGUAGAAUUGCAGUCAUGGAGAUCAAGAUCGUGAUGAAGACGGAAGCAAAGGAUUAUUUUCAUCU